AUGAAUUCAAUACAUUCUGCCAAUAGUAACACAGUACUGACGUCUGAGAUAAAUACAUCGCAAAUACCAACUGAUUCUUUGGAAUCCAUACGGAAUCGCCUAAAUCAAGUACAUUUAUCACUCCGUAAACUAUCGGACCAAAUCAAUCAUCAUAAUCGUCAUCCCAAUAAGGUAAAACUUCCAAAUUAUGCCCAGUUCCAGAAUCAAUUCCAAGUAUUGUUAACCCAGUUGCAUACUAUAACAUCAGAUUUAGAAAAUAAUGAUGAAUUGUUGAAAAAUACAAAUGUAUACCCACUACCAUCGUUUCCAACUACACAGCAAGAAGGCUUAAUAACGACACUAUUGAGGAAAAAGCCUUUACCCGAAGUUGAUGAAUGGAUAGAAAGUGCUAUAGAUAAAAGAAAAAAUGAAUAUGUUAAUGUACAGAAGGAUGAUGAAUUUGCACAGUGGUGUUUAACGAAGAUCGAAGAAUUGAGAGAAGACUUUCAGUUUUAUGGGUUCAACUCGGUAGAAGAAUUGAAAUACUUGGAUUCUGAAGACGAAAAAAAAGAGACUGAAGAAAAUAAGAAGAUAGAGAACCAAAAAUACGAAGAGGAGCUAAAGAUAACCGCUGGAGGUAAGAGUGGUCUUCAUCCAAAUAGAGUUUUAAAGUUUAUGUGUCAAGGUGUAUUAACAUAA